AUGCUUAAUUCAGGAGGACAUUCGAUUGAUUUUGAAGGAUUUAUAACUCAAAGGUUGUCUGAGGAUAAGCUGUUGAUUGUACCAGAAGAAGUCAGUGCUCAAAUUCCUCCAAGAGUAGCCCUGGAAGUUCAUACUAUGUAAAAUAAGGUGAAAAAACUCAAAUCCAUAAAGAUGGCCAAAUUACCUUCAAAAACCUAGUUCAUUUUGGAGCUCAGCGACAAUAGUGUUUAUAGAGAAUUGCUGGGGUCUAUUGAAGAUUUAGAGAGGAAUGAAUUGAAGAAAGCAAAAUCGAGGUUGCUUAAAAUUAUAGCUAGUUCAAAGGAAGAAAUAAAAUAGGCUUAAACUAAAAUUGAAGAAAAAUAAUCGUCAGUAAUUUGUAUUUAAGCAUUUUACUACUUGAGUAAAGUCUAACAAUCAGAAGGUCUGAUUGAGGAGGCAAUUGCAACAUAGAAUAUGAUUUUAUAAAAUUUUGAUAUAGCCGAUCUACACAUUAAAGGAUAAUUAAUGUUGAGUUUGGGAAAUCUAUAUAGAAUUCUGCUGAAAUUUCAAGAAGCUGCUAAGAACUUCUAUCAAGCCUUGAUUUUAUAUGAGAGACUCAACUGGAAAGUAUAAUAAGCUGAUUGCCUAUUACAAUUAGGAAUCGUCUAUGCACUUCUAAGUAGAUAGUUUAAUUAUUGUUAAGAUGAUUAUGAGCCGGCGAAAUUGAUUACCUACGAAGCCUUAGAAAUCUACAGGGAAAAUAUCAUAGAGAAUAAUAUUAAGGUUGGGAAUGCGUAUUACACUUUGGGAAAAAUCUUUUAUUACUCUAAAGCGUUUGAAGUGGCCACUGAAUAUCUAUUAAAGAGUCUAAAAAUCCAUUCCGAUUAUUAUCAGAAUGAGUACGAUUUCAACUUUGUCAAAAUCUAUAACCUACUUGGAAUCGUAUAUCAGGUUUAACAUCAAUUAGAUGUAGCCAUAGAUUACUUCACUUUGGCAGUCAGAUGCUAUAGAGGAUCCUUUGAUGCGCAAUUAGGAUAGAUCUUAAAUAAUAUAGGAGUAGCGUAUCUUGGUUUAAAGGAACUUGAAUUGGCAAGUGAUUUUUUCAAUAAUGCUGAUUAAGUUUACAGUAUUUACUUUGAGUAAACUAACAUCUUAAGAAAAAGAGUCAAACUUAACCUUGAAUCUAUUAAAGCCCAUUAAUGA